AUGUCGGAGUCGGCGCCGUUGCUCUCCUCGUUCCAGGGAGCAGAGGAGUUCCCUAGUAUCCUGGAGGGAAAGAAGGUACUUCUAGCAACAGAAUCCUGGGGCCCUGUCAAUGGAGUCAGUCGCACCACUCGCAGUUUAGUCGAGUACUUACAAGCGCAUGGCGUCGAUCUCAUCCUGGUCGCACCUGAUUUCAAGGGGGAUGCUACUAAGCAGACCCAAUCAUGGGAGCGACGACUGCCAGGAUGCGCUCUGCCGUACAACCCAGACUUGACCGUGGUCUAUCCAUUUCACAUUGGUGAUGUUUAUCGACAGGCCUUCAAGCCUGAUAUCAUCUAUCUGGCCAGUCCCGCGUCUUUGGGAUUCCAGAUGUUGUUGCAAAUUCGUCAACUCCGAUCCUCACCUCCGGUGCUGCUCAACUUCCAGACGGAUCUAUCGGCCUAUUCGGAGAUCAUGCUCCCUGCGCCGCUGGACCGGUUCGGAGUCUGGCUGCUCGGAAUAGUGCAGGGCUUUUUGUUUCGUUCGCCAGCAGUGCACACCAUCUUUUACCCAUGUUCAGCCAUUCGUGGCUAUCUCGAACAUGUGGGAGCCCCCGCCAAGCGAAUGGUCCAGUUGGGUCGCGGAGUCGACACUGUUCUCUUCACGCCCGCCCAGCGAGACGAAGCCUAUCGUCAGCAGAUUGCUCCAAACGGAGAAAUCAUUCUCAUCUGUGUCUGUCGCAUUGCGCCCGAGAAGGGCUUUGAAUUCCUCGCACAAGUCGCAACGCGUUUGGCCGCGGAGAAGAUACCCUUUAAGCUGCUGAUCGUUGGGGGAAAUCGCAACCCGGUUGUCGAGAACAGAGUCAAGCAGCUAUUUUCCGAAAUUCCUACUCACGUCGUCUUUACCGGGUUCCUCACUGGAGCAUCGCUGGCUCGUGCCUAUGCGUCGGCUGAUCUCUUCUUGCACUGCUCCGUUACCGAGACAUUCGGACUGGUCGUUUUAGAGGCGAUGGCAAGUGGAAUUCCCGUCAUUGCCCGGGACCAGGGUGGACCCUCUGAUAUUAUACGGCAUGGUCAGACCGGAUUCCUUGUCCCACCAAAGGAUCUCGACCAAUUUAUCAGAUUGGCCCGGGAAGUAUCAAAGAAUGGAUCUUACCGGAAGAAACUCUCCACAGCGGCCCGUCAACAAGCAGAAGACACAACUUGGGAAAAGAUCAAUCGUCGCGCCGCCUGGCAAAUCGCGGAAGCAUUGACAAAUGCAGAUCAGGAGUCGCACAGUCCUGCUCGGCAGCCCCGGACUGGAAUCCUUGCAUGGGUUAUUGAGCAGAUUUGUCUGGUGCUAGCUGUUGGGGUUGUAUAUGGCAUGUGGCUAAUUGCCGUGGUUCCCUUGAUCAUACACGGUCAUCGUUUUCUGCCUCGGGCAUGGCAUAUGUUGCGGAAUCAGUUUCAAUGCAGUCGCCCAUUGUGA